UUCAUUGCAGGUUUAAAGUAUUUGUGUCAAGAUGACGAUGAAAACAUCCUUACUGUGUCUACUGGUUCUGACAUCAUUGAUGUGCUGCAAGACUCACCAAGGUCAGAGAAUCAUCACAGCAGAACCAGGAGACAACGUCAUUCUGACAUGUAGAGCAGCUGAGAACAAAGAUGUUAUAGUUGUAGAGUGGAGCAGAACUGAUCUGGAGUCAGAUCAUUAUGUUCUUGUGUACAGAGACAAUCAGUUUUUUCCAGAGGGUCAGUCUCCAUCCUUUAGGAACCGGGUGUCUCUGCUGGACGUGAAGAAUGGAGACGUGUCUUUGGUUCUGAAGAACGUGACGACUAAUGAUACAGGAAGAUAUGAGUGUCGAGUUGAUUAUGCUAGAAACAAUCGCAGGAAGAGAUCUCUACUGGACACUGAGCCCAUCAGCAUCAUUAACCUGACAGUUGAAGCAGGUGAGUUUGUUUGUGGAUCAGAAGCUCCUGCAGCUUCCUGGUUGUUGAUGGAAGAGAGAAACAGAUCAGAUGUUAGAUGAUGGAGAUGGACAGAAAGACUUCAAUGAAUCCUGGUUUUCAUUUCUGACAGAACCAUCCUAGAACUGAACAAUUUGACAGUUUUCUUCCAGAAAGUCCAAAAGAAAUGUAGAACGUCAUCCAGCUGCUUUGAUUUAGUUCAAGAAGCAUCAGAUGCUGCUUUGCUGCUGUUGCUAAAAUCAUCUAUUAUUACAGUUCUACUGAUGUGCUCUAAGACAUUUAUUUAUUAUUGAAGACAUAGAAACAAAUGUGGAGAAUCAGAAGAUAAAUGAGGGCUGGCAGUGACUCUGUUUAAAAUCAGUCUCCAUGUCAUUCCAGUCAUUUAGCAAUCAGCUGAUUUCAGGUAAAGAUGCUGAAAUCAAUGCAGAAUAAAGUCUAUUUCAGUCCCCAGUAGUCAGACAUCAGAUAUGUAGAGCAGCAUCAUGUGAUCUGCUCCUGGCCAGCACCAAGAUGGACUCCUGGCUUUCAGAGAACAGCUUCUGGAUCAGAGGAUUGUUGCUGUUCUGGAGCAGAACAGCAACAAUCCUCCAGAACUUUCCUCAGGAUCCUGUUAAAGGUGGAGAAAGAUUUCUACCAUCAAGCUGUUUAGUCACUUUAAGCAACAUGACAAGCUGCAGAGCUGCACUACAAGGUCACCUUCAAGAACUGCUGCUAUGGUCUGCUGCUGUCUACAACAUUUAAUCUAGUGGACCUUCAGAGGAGGGAGCGUAAUAGAAAGGUGGAGGAAACAGAGCUGGAGAUGCUGAUGAGACUCUGGAGGAAGCAGCUGCUCUGAGAUCAGAGAUCAGUAGAUGAUGAGGGACAGCAGCUUCUCUAUCGUCUCCUAGCUGAAAGAUCAGACUAACUCCUGAUUCUCUUCUGCAGGGAAUGAGGAGAAACUCAAGGAGGAUGGAGGAAAG